CUCCAGUCUCUAACUUUUUAUCUCUCCAAGCUCUUUCUUUCUAUUUCGCUUGCACUCGCCGGAGAUCUGAAACUUGUGAAGCAGAUCUUGGACUGGAAGUUAGACAGAGAUGUCAUCACCUGCGACGUCGUAUUGGUGUUACAGAUGCACGCGCUUCGUUCAUAUGUGGUCGGAGGAUAAUCUCACCUGCCCGUACUGCGACGGUGGGUUCAUCGAGGAGAUCGAGAACGCUCCUUCCUCGGAAAAUCCCAACCGGCGAUUCGCUACGUCCGCCAUGUACUUAUUCGGAUCCAACGGUCAAGAUUCAGACAGAGCCCCUAGUCCAGUCUCCCGCCGGAGCCGCCGGAGAUCCGGCAACCGUUCGCCGUUCAACCCGGUCAUAGUCCUCCGUGGCGGUGCGGCGGAAUCUGCCGCUGAAGGUGAUGGAGAGAGGAACAGCUUCGAGUUGUACUACGAUGAUGGGGCAGGGUCGGGACUUCGGCCGCUUCCGGCGAGCAUGUCGGAGUUUCUGAUGGGCUCGGGAUUUGACCGGUUGUUGGAGCAGCUCGCCCAGAUCGAAGUAACGGGGUUGGGGCGGCCCGAGAACCCGCCGGCAUCGAAAGCCGCGAUAGAGUCCCUGCCGACAAUCGAAAUCGGCGGCAGCCACGUCAGAUCGGAGUCCCACUGCGCGGUUUGUAAGGAAGCGUUCGAACUGGGAUCGGAGGCUCGCGAAAUGCCGUGCAAGCACAUAUACCACACAGACUGUAUCCUUCCCUGGCUUUCGCUCCGAAACUCUUGCCCGGUAUGCCGGCACGAGCUGCCGAGCGAGCGAAACGAGGCGGAGAUUUCGGAGGACGAGACCGUGGGGCUGACCAUAUGGAGGCUACCGGGAGGUGGGUUCGCGGUGGGGAGGUUUUCCGGUGGGAGAAGAGCGGCGGCGGAGAGAGAGCUACCGGUCGUUUACACCGAAAUGGAUGGUGGGUUCGGGGCGGGUGGGGCUCCGAGACGGGUUUCGUGGGCUUCGAGGACUAGAGGGAGAGAGAGUGGUGGUUUUCGGAGGGCUUUCCGUAGUAUGUUUUCGUUCUUGAGGUUUGGGUCGAAUUCUUCUGGGUCUGAAUCUGGGUCUUUGAGCAGAAGUCAGAGCAAUUCGGGUUCUGUGUUGGGUAGGCACGCUCGGAGGCGGAACAGAGCUUGGGUUUUGGAGGAUCAGAGUGGGAAUAAUGGAAGAUGGUGAUUGAUUUUUGUUUUUGGGUACAAAUUGAUGACAAAUUUUGAAUUCCUUUUGGUUUCUUUGAUAUCUUUGUUAAAUGGGAACUAUAUUUAGAAGUCAGAAGUCGUUUUUGCUGUAAAUAGCAUUGAAUUUAGCAAGAUUUUCGAUUUUGUUCUUUACCGAUGGUAGCUUUCAAGAUCAAAAGAACAAUUCUUUUGGAAGUUUUCCAUGAAAUGGAGGCUGAGCACAGAGAGAAUGGGCCAGUUUCGUUUAUUAUAAAGCAGAAAAGUCAGUUUUGCUGGCCUGAAAAUAGAAGGUGUAUUGGCAAGUUACCAGCUUGAAGGCCAUAUUGGAAGCAUUCUUUAGUUCUUUGUUCUAAAUUGUUGUAAACUUUAGCUUCAGUUUCAUGUAAAAUUCUUUUCCUUGGCGAUCAAUCUAUUAAACUGCUGUCUGGUCUCUCUCUAUUUGUCUCAA